GGUAUGGCGUCUCUAUAGAUAAAAACCUAUUGGAUACUGUAUUCGGCUCGAUAAAUAAGUUAGAAAAAUUAUUCUUUGCAAGUGGAAUUCUCAGGAAGGAUGUCAAUCUUCCAAAGGCAAAAUUCUGCACUCGUGGAGAGGAAAUUUUACCAGCUAUUCAACAAAAACUGGUGGAUUUAGAGUUUAGGAUGAAAUCAUUCUUUAUAGUUGCACAAGUGUCUUCAAAACAUAUUCAAUUUAAUUUACAUCAAGUAGUAAAAAUAUCAACAUCUGAAGAUGCAGCUUCCAUUGUUAUUCAGGAUAAAAUAAUACAUAUCAACGAUGUAUAUGAUUCGCUAUGAUGAGGAAGAUACACACUAUGAUUUCCAAUCAUUCAAGACAUAUAGCAAUAUUUAUCGAAAUCUAAAAUCAUGUGUUAUUAAACUGUUGGAAAAAAACAAAUCAAAUUUGGACAUGGAUUCCAGAAUACAGUUGAAUAUUAACACGAAAUGUGGUUGUGGUAUUAGCAUAUUUCUUCGCAAUAUUAUUGAAGUAGGCCUUACGUCAGUGAUAGAAAAUAUGGCAACAGAUAUAUUGUCUUCUUUGACCAACAAAACAUUAUUCGGGAACUAUGUACCGAAUUAUAUUUUUGUGUUUGGAAACCCGUUCAAUCUGACGUACGGGUCAAAGAUUUACACAGCAUACACCAUGAUUAUUCAAAAAGCGAUUGAUGACGGCAUAUAUAUUAAAGAAAAAGAUACAAAGGCAUUUGUACUAAAAGAAUCAAUUUUCCAAUUACUAAAGCUGUUUGCACCUAAAAAAAAGCCGUAUCUGUAUGAAAGAUUUGUCACUGGAACGUUGUGCCAAGUAUCGAGCGAAACAUAUGCGAUACGAGUCGGAUCUUCUGAAACGGGCAUGUUCUACCCUUUCAUCCGGAUAAAUAGUAAUGGUGAUAUCAGAAAUACCAUUAUAGGAGAUGGUAGUUAUUUGGUAUUUAUUCAAAAAGGGAAGCCAUUUUCAACUAAGGGUCUCAUAAUUCAAACCAACGAAGAAGGCGAUGAAGAUCCCAUCAUAGAAAUUUUUCAAUUAUAUAGUUCAAGCAGUACGGCUCCGGAUAAGUAUGCUUUGUUGCACGGGAGCACUCCCGGUAUAAAUUAUAAUAUGGUUGGCACUCUUGCGUCUAGUUCAUUCAGAAGAAGAUUGGUAGAAUGUGAACAAAUUAACAGUAGUUUAUCUAUAAAAGUAUCAAUAGGAUGCAUGGUUAAUAUUGGUGAUUAUGGUUUUUAUCCUGAUUACAUUAACCGAACUAAAAUGGAACCAUUGACGCUCGCUUAUGUUUAACAUAUCACUGCUCCAAUAAAAU